CUUAGGAAACUAGUUCUGUCUAGAUACAGCAUGUCAUUCCACCACACGGAUGUCCAUAUUUUUUUCUUCAUUCACGGAUAAUUUGUCUUGGAAGAUAGUAGCGUCAGUUCUUCUUAGAAGAAAAUUAAAUUAAUUAAUGCUACCUCAGGAACAGUAAAAUAUUAAAAUAAUGCAUGACAUGAAAAGACAUUUCUGCCUGUUUUGGCUGUGCCAGUACUUCAUAGCUUUUGUUAGGAGCACUAACAGCAUCCAGGAUAAAGGAAUCUCAACCCAAUCACCUACACAGAAAGUUAUUAAGACAAAAGCAGCAAUAGAUGCAUCAACUACACAGCAAGAACCAGGUAAUGAAGAAGAAGUACAAACAGCAACUACAGUGAUAUCAACUAAGUCAGUGACAGCUUAUAAGUAUAGCCUUAUGCAUUUGCAAUGCAAUGAAAUAGAUUGUGUUAUUGAAAUAAAGUCAGUUUCAAGUUGGAACAAAGACCAUCCAGAAGAUAAACAUUUCUCUGAAAAUCAUGGUAAAUCUCGAUUUAAACUACUUGAAGAAUAUUGUAAUGGAUAUGCUGAUUGUUCAUCAAUAAAUGCUAGACCCGAAUAUGGAGACAUGGAACACAUUAUAUAUGAUUGUGUACCACGUGGGAAAAUUAAAAAUGAGGGGACAUCACCUACAUCCAUAAAAAUGACAACAGUAAAAGUGACAGUCUCUGAAAAUCCAGUAACAACACACCAAGUUACAAGAACUGAGUUAGAAUCAGGAGCUACGCAGCUGGUGACAAAAAAGAAUCAACCAGAGUCCACAAAGUCAGUGACAUCCAAAACAACAUUAAUAUAUUCAGUGAUGGCUUACGAGAAUAGCCUUGUGGAUUUGUCUUGCGAAGAUGAAGAUCACGUAAUUAAAAUAAAGGCAGUACACAGCUGGAACAAGAAAUCACCCCAGCUGGUAUACUUCUCCGACAAUCGUGGUGGAUCCCAGUUCAGGCAGAUAAAAGAACGUUGCAACGGACAGCCUUAUUGUCAAUCAGUAAAGGCUAGGCCAGAAUACGGAGACAUGGAACAAAUACUGUAUGAGUGUAUACCAAAGAAAGCAUCUGCUACUAUGACAACAUCAAUUCCUAAAAAAACAGUAACCAUAGUAAUAGCUGAGAUUCUGGCGCUGCAGACUGCUCGGCCAACUGGCAAUGCCAAAAAACAUGUUCCAUCAGCCGAUCUGACUAGAGAAUUUACACUUAAUAGUCUGCUAGGAAGGUUCCCAGUGAAUGUGCCACAUUCAUGCCAUGGGUGCAACCCCUAUUACGCCAAAGAAGCGUAA